CUCCUAACCCCACCCACUCCUUUCCUUCUCACCCCUCCCUGACCGUGCCUGCUCCAAGUGUCCAGGGAAAUUAUAAAGUGGGAAGGGACCCGCACGGACGGGACAUACGCUUCUGGGCUGGUACAGUCAUUGCCUCGGAAAAUCUCCAACCUCUGGUCACUUUCUCUGCUUCUCUCUGUUGCUUAACUUGGGAGUCUUUAUUUCUGAAUAGGAAUAACUUCAAGACCAUCAACAAAUAGGCGACUUGAAUGCUGACCUAUUCCUGUUUAUUUAGAGGAGGUUUAUUACUGGAGUGACAACUUACGUUCACGUGAAAGCUUCUAAAAUCGAAGGGAAGAAGUUUUCAAGAACAAAAAGGGAAAAGAGAAACCGGAGCCAGUUUGGGAUGCUACCACUCGCCGGGAUGCAGACUCGCCGCGCGCUGAGUUCCUUACUGUGCGUGAUGAGUUGCGCGUGGCUGCACUCUGGACUGGCCUCACGGCAUAAAUCUCCCGUUCUGCCCAUCCAUUCGGAGAGGGAACCUUUACCAUCCAAGGGCAUGUCAGGAUGUUCAUUCGGAGGAAGAUUCUAUUCUCUGGAGGACACUUGGCACCCUGACCUCGGGGAGCCGUUUGGCGUCAUGCACUGUGUCCAAUGUUACUGCGAGACACAAAGGGGUCGUAAGAGUAAGGUGUUGGGGAAGGUAAGCUGUAAGAACGUCAAGCGGGACUGUCCUGAGCCUAGCUGUGAUGACCCAGUACUGCUACCUGGACAAUGUUGCAAGACCUGCCCCAAAGGCGAGGUGGACAGGAAGCAGGCGGAGGCAGUGUUUGAUGGCUUCGAGUACUUCCAGGAGAAGGAGAAAGAGGAUGACCUGCACAAGUCCUACAAUGACCGCUCAUACCUCAGCUCUGAGGACAUUUCCUCUGGGGAGAGCCGCACUGACUUUGUAGCAGUGUUGACGGGAGUGACAGGCUCCUGGUUACCCAGCUCCAGUGGUGUGGCCCGGGCACGCUUCUCUCUCACUAGAACCAGCCUGACCUUCUCCAUCACCUACCAGAGGAUUGAGCGACCAAGCAGGGUUGCCUUCCUUGAUUCAGAUGGAAACACUGCGUUUGAGUACAAGACCCCUAUGAGAGACUCAGACAUGAUCUGCGGGGUGUGGAAGAAUCUUCCCCAAUCCCACGUGCGACAGCUACAGGCAGAACAACUUCGGGUUACUAUGACAACAGCCACUGGUAGACGGGAGCAGAUCGAAGGAAAGAUCAUCAAACACAGAGCACUGUUCGCAGAGACGUUCAGCUCCACUCUGACCUCAGAAAAAGAGCAUUCUGGGAUGGGAGGCAUCGCCAUGCUGACUCUGAGUGACACAGAGAACAACCUUCACUUCAUCCUCAUACUGCAGGGACUGAUACAACCCAGACAGAGAGACUCCCCCCUGGUGCCCAUCCGGGUACGACUGCAGUACAGCCAACAUGUCCUGAGAGAGAUCCAUGCCAAUGUCACCGCCUAUGACCCAGACUUUGCUGAGGUACUGACAGACCUGAACAGUCGGGAGCUCUUCUGGUUGUCAAGGGGCCAGCUGGUGAUCGCCGUAGAAACCGAGGGCCCGGACCCCAGACACAUCUCUGGCUUCAUCACCGGCAGGAAGUCAUGUGACACCAUCCAGAGUGUCAUGUCCAGUGGUGAUGCAUUGACAGCAGGGAAGACAGGUGGUGUGGGAUCAGCAUUCUUUCAUCUCCAUGACAACGGCACCCUGGACUACCAAGUCCAGAUAGCGGGGUUAUCCAGUGAAGUGGUGGGUCUGACCAUCGAGCUAAAGCCUCGGCGGCGCAGUAAGCGCUCCGUGCUGUAUGACCUAGCUCCAGAGUUCGACAGGCCCAGCGGGCGAGCGACGGGAAGCUGGAGUCGUCUGGAGGCGCGUCACAUCCACAUGCUGCUGCAGAACGAACUGUUCAUCAACGUGGCUACGGCACACAGCCAGGAGGGGGAGCUACGCGGACAGAUCAGAGGCCUGCUCUACAGCGGUCUGGAGGCACCCAGACAUGAGAUCCCUAUCCCUCUGGCAGGCCAGUUUGUGGCCCCUCCAGUCCUGACCAGUGCUGGGGGCCAUGCCUGGGUGUCUGUGGAUGAGCGCUGUCACCUCCAUUAUGAGAUCGUGGUGGCAGGCCUCAGCAAAGCUGAUGACCUCACCGUCAGCGCCCACCUUCAUGGAUUUGCCGAAAUCGGAGAGCUUGGCGAGAGCAGCACCAAUCACAAGAGACUGCUGACAGGGUUCUACGGUUCUCAGGCCCAGGGUGUGUUGAAGGACAUCAGUGUAGAGUUGUUGCGUCACCUGGACAGAGGGACAGCCUUCAUUCAGGUCAGCACCAAGGUCAACACCAGAGGAGAGAUACGUGGACGGGUCCAUGUGCCUAACAACUGUGAGUUUGGGACAAGGGGUGAGGUGGAGGUGGCUGAGUUUGAUGGCCUGUUUGUGCAUGAUCCUGAGGAACUAAAGAAAGACCCCCACACCUGUUUCUUCGAGAGUCAACACCAUGCCCACGGCUCACUCUGGACCCCCAACUACAACAACUGUUUCACCUGCAGCUGUCAGAAGCGCACAGUGAUCUGUGACCCGGUCAUCUGUCCAGUCCUCACCUGUUCUCGCACCAUCCAACCUGAGGACAAGUGCUGCCCCGUGUGUCUCGAGAGGAAAGACCCCAAGAACAUGAAGACUCCAGAGAGGCUAGAUGAGCAUCCAGAAGGUUGUUACUUUGAGGGGGACCAGAAGAUGCAUGCUCCUGGGUCAACAUGGCAUCCAUUCGUCCCUCCAUUUGGCUACAUCAAGUGUGCCCUUUGCACCUGCAAGGGGGCGACAGGCGAGGUGCACUGUGAGAAGGUGACGUGUCCAGCCCUGACCUGCAGUCGUCCGGUACGCCGUAGCCCCUCAGACUGCUGUAAGGAAUGUCCGGAGGAAGACAAACCCCUCUUGGUGCACGCUGACAUGAUGCAGGCAGACGGAACGCGUCACUGCAAGUUUGGGAAGAACUUCUACCAGAACAGUGACAACUGGCACCCCCGUGUACCCCUGAUGGGAGAGAUGAAGUGUAUCACCUGCUGGUGUGACCAUGGUGUGACUAAGUGUCAGAGGAAACAGUGUCCAGUCCUGACCUGUAGUAACAUCACCCGCCGGGAGGGCAUGUGCUGUCCUGAGUGCCAAGAUUCCAAAGAGGAAGAGGAGGAGCUGAUGAAAGUUCCGGAAAAGAAGAACAGCUGGAGACACUGAGCUGAGAUCCCCUCUCCACCCGCAUCCCCCACUUCUACCCCCCCCCCCCCCCCCCUCUCUCUACCUACCCCCUCAUGGGCAGACCUAGACCUGCACACUGGGUCAGCUAACACCCCCUAAAAUCAAGACUCCUAUAACCCUCCAGCCCCAACCCACAAACCCCCCUGUCCACUCCCACCCCUUAGUCAGCCUAAGGAUUGUAACGAAGGAAGGAAAGACAAACAGAGGAAAAGAAAGAGAAGCACUGAGGUGUCAUGGAAAGAAGGGAACAAGACGAGAUCUGAAGUGGACCAACCACAGCUACUGCAGCAGUGUCUUUUGACUGGUUCCUCCUUUGAAAUGUGUUAUUUUUGUUUUGUUUUCAGUUCUUUUGUCUCCCCGUGAUGAAUUCUGACCGCCCUUUCAAAAAUCACACACAAUUACCCUUCAUAUUCGAAUACAACAAGGUUUGCUUAGUUGUUAAAAUGGAUGUGUUGGUAAUCUUUGCAUCACCACACAUAUGUCCUGUCAUCCCAUCCAGUCAGCAUCACACAUACGUCCUGUCAUCCCAUCCAGUCAGCACCACACAUACGUCCUGUCAUCCCAU